UAUCUACGAACCAAUUUUUUACUGGGUCAUAGUGUUUUGUAUUUUCUUUCUACGGUUUUCUUCCUGUUUUAUAAAAAUUUACACAGAUUUUCCUAAUUAAUUUGAUACUAAAUGACUACAAGAUGACCACCAAUAAGGAAUUGACUGUAAACAAGAGGAAUAAAUCCCUUUCCCAGGAGGAAUUGAAAGAAAUGUCCAAGGAGGAAUUAAUUGAGAAGAUCAUCCAGCUACAGUCACAUAAUCUCCAACUCAAAAACAUUAUUCAGAAGAGAGAUCCGGAUGGGGAAUCAUCCAAUGAUGCUGCUUCGAAAAAAAGGAAGAGAAAGUUUGAUUUUUCAAAAUCUCACCGGCGACAUAUUUUGCUGAAAUUUCUCUACUUUGGAUGGGAUUACCAGGGAUAUGCCAGUCAGGAGGACUCCAUGGCCACUAUUGAGUAUCAUUUAUUCAAAGCCCUUGAGCGUACAUGCCUGAUUGAGAAGCGAGAAUCCGCAAAUUAUCAUCGUUGCGGGAGAACGGAUAAGGGUGUUAGUGCCUUCUCUCAAACUAUUUCCAUCGAUGUGAGGAGCAAGUUCCCUCCGGAUGAGCAAAUGCUCCCUGAAUCAAUUGAGAAUGAACUCAAUUACUGCGUGAUGCUGAAUCAAUCACUUCCGGUGGAUAUUCGAUGCAUCUCCUGGCAUCCACUCACAGAACCGGAAUUUAGUGCAAGAUUCAACUGCAAGGAGAGGAUCUAUCGAUACUUCUUCCCACGAGGAACUCUAAAUAUUCCAGCGAUGGAGGAAGGGUGCUCCUACCUUGUGGGGAAUCAUGAUUUUCGCAAUUUGUGCAAAAUGGAUGUGGCAAAUGGGGUUGUUGCCUUCAUGAGGAGCAUUGCAAGUGCUAGGAUACGACAAGUGGACAAUGAGAAGACCUCAGAGGACCCCCACAGUAUGAUGUUCCUUGAAAUACGCUCAAAUGCCUUCCUUUGGCAUCAAAUCCGAUGCAUAAUGGCUGUUCUGCUGCUCAUUGGGCUCAAUAAGGAGGAACCUGAGCUUGUCCGGGAGUUACUGGACAUUGAGAAAAAUCCCCGGAAGCCUCAGUAUAGCCUUGCAAGUGAUAUUCCACUAAAUCUGUACGAGACUGUGUUUGAGGGAAAGGAUAGCUGGGUAUACAAUCAGCACACAUUGGAGAGAGUUGUGAAGGACAUUGAGACUCAGUGGAUCUUCUCCAGCAUCAAGACUACAAUGAUGGAGGAAGUGGCAAAGGAUCUCCGGAAGGUACUUGAGGAGAAAUUCAACCAGUACGGAGAGACAAUCUGCUGUGGGGAAGAAUUGCUUCAGGGAGCAAAGAUGCGGCAAUACAAGAAGCUCCUUGAGCGAAGUAAAGGAGAAAGCUUGGAGGAUCGUAUUGAGCAUUUUAUCAAGAAGCGUCGGCUUAAUGUUAAUGAGGUAAGUUGAAUAUUUUCAAUAAAUUUAUUAAAUAAAUUA